AUGACAAGUCGAAAUCUGGGUGUGCUCUAGUGGGUGAAUCAGUUGAGGGGGUUGCACAACCUCAGACACAGCCUCCAGUGACCAAUCCUGGUGAUUCAGGUACCAUAGGGAUCGGAACAGUUGCUCAAUCAGAUUCUUGGCAAUUCUGACCUGAAAAUGGAGGUUGAGGUUCCUGUCGAUUAAGAUGACUACUUCAACUAUUCUUUUGUCCACUCCCUAUUUCCCUUUCCCGACAAGGAGAAACGAAACAAUAAAUUACUAGCUGAAGUGUCAUGUAUCAUGUCUUUCUCAAGCAAGUUCAGCGUUGAUGAACUUCAAUUGUUCAAACAUGUUCAUUUAUGCAAUUACUUGCUCAAUUCAAGCCUGUGGCUCAUCCUUUUGUAGACAGAUUUUUAUUUCAAAGAUUACGAACCAUCCUAAUGAAAAUCUCUCUGAAACGAAUUAUUUAUCAUCAAAUUUGCAUCAACUACCGUCUCUAACUACUGCUGAACUCAAAAAAUGAAACGAUUGAGACAUGAUAAUAUUUAUAGGAGAAAUAUAUCAUAAGAAAUUGAGGAAUUCUGAUUAGCCAUUUAAAUUGUUUUAAAUGUAUGUAUGGGGAUCAUCUGAAUUGGUUCUGGGUAAUUCAGACAAUACAUCCAAGACCAUCUUAUUUAACAUAACCCUUUCACUUCAUUGUUGUCUUGCAAGGUGAAGAUAAGGUUGACGGUUUGGAAAUGCUGCAGGAUUUUACAAGACUUGGCUUGUGUAGAAAUGGAGCCAAAACUUGCCACAUGAGAUUGACACAACAAUCCAAAAGCCACCCAUUAGAGACUCGUCGUAUCCACCGACUUACAAACUUCAUCCUCUGAUAACAGCUACAAUGGAAGAACACCAAAAACGCUCUCAUGGGCAUGGAACUGAAGCAGAUGGUUCAAAUCAUGAGUUGGUUUUAAUAGCAUUUGAUCGAAAUGGGGCUGCAAAAAACUCGUCGAAAGUCGGUCCCACUUCGAGAGUGAGAGCUUGUGAAGUUGAAAAUAUCAGUAGAAGACUGAGCAUUCUUGAAGAAGAUACAAGAGCUAUGAAGAAAGCUUUGUUUAACAAUUUGGAGGAAAGCAGAAAUCUUGUGUAUGAGAUAAACCAGCAAUUUCAGAACAUAAACAGAAGCCAUACAUUCUGUAAUGAGGUAGCUGCUGCUUUGAUGGCUUCUCUUGAAGAUCAUGAUGAGACACUCCAUCUUCCUAAGGAAUGGAGAAGUGGUGUUGGCCUAUCAGAAAUCUUUCACCACCAAACAAAUAUAUCUCUAGUCUUCAAACAUUUCAAAGCAAAUUUGCUGGCAUUGACAGAUUCUGCCAAAUCUUUGCAUCUUAUGAAAGAAAAAUGAUCUCUCUUUUUUCUUAGAUACAUGUAAAAUUGGAGACUUGAUUUUCAGUAUUCAACAAUCAACACAAUAAAUCUAAUUUGAACACCUGAUAUUUUGGUUGAGGAUGUAUGUUUAAUUAGUAAGUUAUAUUUAUGUUGGCCACCACUGAUAGUUAAUCCCAUAGCUAUCAGAUCUUUGGAUUUCAAAA